UCAACUGUCAAUAAAAUCACAGCCAUGUGGUAACAUUGAGUUUAAUCAAUCUGUUUGAAAGUAGCUACGUAGUGGUGUUAAGCAAUAGAACACUUUAAUAAUGCGGUUUUUAUGUGUGCAACAAAUAUAGAGGCGGUGAAAUCGGAAAUGCGACGUUCACUAUAUAUGUAAGAUUGACAACACCUUGAUGUAUUAUAGGAAACGGAAUAGCGAAAAAAUUAGAAUGAUAAUAAUAUAUGAAAACGCCGGCACCCACCAAACAUAGCACAAUCGACAUUUCGUGUUUACACAUAAUAGUAUAAUCAGAAUACACCCUAAUGUCGAAAUCACAAGCUUCGUGCGGGUUUGCUACUCAGCAGGUUCCUUCGUUGCAAAAUGAAGAACAAAUGGUUCUGCAUUUACACAUGCCCAACAAAGGCAUGCGGCCUAUCAAUAUCAACGAGGCAAACGAUACUGUACAGCAUGUAAUAGAACGUGCUGUGCGUAGUUUAAUACCAGGUCAUAUGCCGAAUGCUCAUUUUUAUGCUCUCCGAUUGAAUAACGUUGUAACAAAGGAAAUAUUAUGGAUGACCAGGUCAACGGGAAUGAAUCAGGUCAUGAGAUACAUAUGGUAUCCGAUUUGUCCAAAUCUUGAGUGUUCCAAUUAUGAAAAUACAAGAGUGAAGAGUAGCAAUAGAAAUUCGGUAAAUAGUGUUUGGCGGGCUGAGCUACGGAUACGUUACAUUCCAAAUAGUUUGGCUGAAUUCUAUGAGGAGGAUAAGACAAGUUGUUUAUAUUAUUUUGAUCAAGCCAAGCAAGAUUACGUUUUGUCGGACCCCUCAAUCGAUGUCGAUACGGCGAUACUGUUAUGUUGUUUAAGUAUCCGGCAUUACUUUAAAAAUACGAUCAUCAAAGCCCCAGAUAAAAAACAUCAUAUUGACUAUGUUGAGAAGGAAAUUGGUUUAAAUUCUUUUCUUCCUAAAUCUGUGAUAAGUUCAGUAAAGCCAAAGAAUUUGAAAAAAUUAAUUCAAGCUGGAUACAAGAAAGUGUAUAAUUUCACCGAUAUUGAAUACAUAAGCAAGUUUUUUGAACUUCUGCAAUCAUGUAAAAUUAAUAGUUACGAAAAGUUUUCAGUAACAUUAAGCUCAGCAUGGAAUAUAUCCGGCAUUCUAUACAUCGGUCCACAAAUCGGAAUUUCCUAUCAAACUCAUCCACAAGCUGACCUGACUGGCGUCGCAACAUUCAAAGACAUAAUAAAAAUUGUAACACUUGCUAUACCCAGAGAUAAUGUUAGCAAAGAAUCCAAAAAACCUUUUCCAAAUGCUACUAAUGCAGAAGACAAAUAUGAUCCAUGCAAAUGUUGGGAAGUGAAAACUCAACUGAGAAUAACCACUCGAAGCAACGAUGAAGACUUAGUCAUAACAUGUGAUGGCAUAAAUACGGCUGAAAGUAUUGCCGAUCUUAUUGACGGAUAUUGCUGUUUAAUCCAUGGUAGCAGUUAUGUUUCUAUAUGGGAACGGAACGACGGUAAUAGUAUAAAUAAUGGUUUAAAUGCAGCGACAGCAGCUUUAAAGGAGAAACAAAAUAACGGAAUAGUCAAGACAAAGAACAACAGCGGAGAUUCGACGGACGGUGGAGCGACUACUCAAACUUGCGGAAAACCAAAGCCCACCUUAACUGAAGAUUACGCUGAAAUAGGUCUAAUAGAUGAAGAGGGAGACUACUCUACGCCAACGGCUCGAAAUUACGAAUUAGAAAGAUCUCAGAUAAAUCUCAAUGAAAAAAUUGGUGUUGGCCAGUUUGGUGAUGUUCAUAUAGGCACAUACUUUCCGAAGGCUAAGAAGAAUGCCAAGCCAAAUAUAUUGGGUAAUAUAGAAAUGAAAUCGUCUGUAAUUCAAGUGGCAGUCAAAACGUGCAAAGCAAGCGAUGAUCCACAAAAAAUGGAGCAAUUUCUAGAGGAAGCAUAUAUAAUGCAAAAAUUCGACCAUCCACAUAUAAUAAGGCUAAUUGGUAUAUGCAGUGAGUCACCAAUUUGGAUUGUUAUGGAACUAGCACGUCAUGGAGAACUCCGAGCCUAUUUGAAGACCAACAGCAAGAAGCUAAAGCGUGGCACUCUGCUCCUCUAUUGUUACCAGUUAUCCACAGCUUUGAGUUAUUUGGAAUCUAAGAAGUUCGUACACAGAGAUAUUGCGGCACGAAAUGUGCUUGUGAGUUCGCCGACGUGUAUCAAGCUUGCUGAUUUCGGUCUCUCACGUUGGGUGUCGGAUCAAUCAUAUUACCAUUCGAGCAUGUGUAUUUUGCCAAUAAAGUGGAUGGCGCCAGAGUCGAUCAACUUUCGUAGAUUUACAAACGCAAGCGAUGUUUGGAUGUUUGGUGUUUGUGCAUGGGAAAUUCUUAUGCUGGGUGUUAAGCCAUUUCAGGGUAUCAAAAAUAGUGAUGUCAUUACCAAAUUGGAAAAUGGCGAACGUUUACCGUUGCCAAAAGAUUGUCCGCCGCGAUUGUAUUCGCUUAUGUCACAAUGCUGGGCGCAUGAGCCGUCUAAACGACCUACGUUCCAGAGAAUUAAAGAAACUCUCUAUGAAAUUUUGGUGGAUGAAAAAAUUAGCGAUUCUGAGACGAUGCGGCGCGAAAACCGCCGUGUAGCAGCAAUGUCUUGGAGUGGCUGUGAAGGCGAUGUACCACCAGUAAAACCAGCUAGAACUCCCUUCGAAGGAGAUACCGCACUGCAGUCAUCCAUAGUAAGCGAAAAGAACCAGCUGAGCCCACAAACGUACAUUAUUGCUCAAAAUCCCGAAGUUUUAGCCAGGCUAAUGAUGGAAAACGAAAAUCGCAGCAUUAAUCCAGCAGCUUAUACAACACCAGCAUCGAAGAAACGCCUCAGCCUAACGUCAAAUUCGGAUAUAAAUGAUACGAGCUAUUUUAAUUGCAAUCAUGGCCCAUCAAGUUUACCAGAGUGUUCACCAAGUAUUAGUAAUACCCUAGGCACUUCACGUCCCCACACCCCAGAUUCCAAGCUUAACACCUUGAAGAAUAGUACAUCCUCCAUAGAAAAUUCGACAUGUAGUAAUUUAAAUGAUACAACAAGUGAUUCAAGGCCAAAAAAUCAAGUAGCAUCUUCCAAGCUAACUGGUGUUGGUAGCAGCAAUAAACCACGUGUGGUAGUCGAUCGCAGCAAUGAUGAAGUCUACAUAGCUACCACGAAUGUGGUGAAGGCAAUAAUGACACUUUCACAAGAUGUUGAAAAAUCAAAUGCCAAUAACUAUUUAUAUUUGGUAAGGAAUGUUGGAAUUGAGUUGCGUACCUUGUUGGCAUCGGUAGAUAGGCUGUCACAGGUUUUUCCAACGCAAGCGCAUAGGGAGGUUGAAAUGGCACAUAAAGUGCUAUCGAAGGACAUGCAGGAUUUGGUGGCAACAAUGCGACUUGCACAACAAUACAGUGAUACCACCCUCGAUAGUGAAUACAGACGGAAUAUGCUAUCUUCAGCACAUAUACUAGCCAUGGAUGCGAAAAACUUAUACGAUGUAGUGGAUUCCAUACGUAGGCGACAUGGCAUCUUUCUACCACCACCUACGCCAUUGCAAGAACGAGCUCGUUCAAAUCCACUAACCUCUUCGUUGGGCGAAUCUACUACGAAUGUAGUAACGAAAUCAAUCGAGCAUACUGACUUAACGAAUGAGGAGCCAAAUGUAACUUUGACCGAAGAUGGCUAUCAAGUAAUGUCCAAUAGUAAAUUUCAGAAUUUUAACAAUUUAGUAAUCGAAAAAGACAACAAAUCGGAUGUAGAACUUACACAGCAACAACAACAACCGAACAUUGCGAGCCUACACUUGGCAAGCCACAUAAAUAACGACGGAAUUGUGAGAAGGUCCAACCUCGCAUUUGAGCAUAUUAUGCAUAACACGAAUGAACAACUACAAAUUGUAGAACAUACAGAUUGUUCAGAAUACGAUCAUUUAUAUUCGAACUAAUUUACAUACAUGCUAUGUAUGUAUAUGUACAUAUAUGUAAUCUCUACAAAAAAGAAAAACAAUUUAUAUACAAUAUUUAUAAUUUUUUAGCGAAACAAAAAUUUUCAUUUAACUAUUACUUUUUAAGAGAAGUGAAAAAAGAUAAAAAUAUAACAAUAUUGAAUAUUUUGCAUUCAAACGCACUCACUAAUUUAUAUUUUUAAAAUUUACAUACUGAAGAAGUUUUCAUUAAUAAUUUGUCUAAGGGCUACAUACAGUCAAUCAAUAAAGUUUAGGUACAGUGAUUUUUUUGCAGUACGGGCAACUGUUUUUUUUAUUAUUUUUUAUUUUAUUUUUUUUUUUGCAAAUUUUUUAUAAAAAUUUUGCUAAUUCUACGACCAAGACCCCAAAAAUCCGAGCUCCAAACCUUAUGCAGAAUUAAAGAAAACUGCAAAUUUUCAUCAAAAUAUAAAAAUUUCAAACGAGUAAUUAAAACGUGCAGUAUUUUAAUGAACAUUUGCAGAAUUUUCUUUAAUUUUGCACAAAGUUUGGAGCUCUGAUUUUUGGGCUUUAUGUUGUAGAAUUAACCAUAUUUUUAUAAAAGAAAUUUGCGAAAAAUAAAAUAGUUAAAAAACAGUUGCCCGUAUCGCAAAAAUAUGGCUGCAUCUAAAUUUUAUUGAUUAACUGUACAUAUUUAUUCAUUAACAAUUUGCUGUGACUACAAAAUUUCAAUGUAAACUUGAUAAGGUUAACUUUCGCUUUGUUUCUGUUUAUUUUUAUUAUUUCGAAUUUAAGUUGCUUCGACGUGAAUUUGCCGAAAGUAUUUUAGUUACAUUAUUUAUUUUUUUUUAAUUAUUUAAUUUAAUUUAAUACAUUUGUUCGGUUAUUUGCUAAAAUAAAAUUUUUCGUAAGCUUGACUUAUUCCAUUUCCUAUCGUACCAUGCAGAGCUUUACACAUGUAUUUUUUCUAAUUUCAAUGGACGCUCUACCACACACAAACAUUAGUUACUCACAUGAAGGGACACGAAUUUCGAUACGAUACGAUACCAUAUCGAUAUUUUUGCCAUUCGAUACCGAUACUUUUUACUCGAUGAUUUUCAAACGAUAUUUUUUGGAAUCGAGUGCCUGAUCCUUGGUACCGUAUCGAAUCAUAAAUGUACAUUACAAAGUUAAUGUGAUUAAUAAUAUAAAAUGAAAAGUUUAAUAACUCUAGGAAUUGGGCAAGCUUAUUUGUAUAAAAAAAUUUGUAUAAUUGUAGUAAUAUUGGAAAUGUUUAAGGUUAAUUUUUCAAGUUCAAAAAUGUAAAAGUCUGUUCUGAUUUUUUAUAUCAGCCGAAGAAUCUGACGUGACGUUACGUUACUUAAAUUUCCAUUGAAACUUUUUUUGUUAAUAUUGUUUUUAAACUAAUCUUUAGCGCAAAUAAAACAUGAAUUUUUAUGUCUAAUAUAUUUUUUAUUUUGACUUCAGCACUACCGAGCGGUUUCAUGUUUUGCAAAUCUAUGCUAUGUCUAUACUUUCGAAUCUAUAUGUAAAGCAAUAUGGAUAUAGUUGCGCUUUAAAGAACACAAAUAUGUACUAACUUAGGUUGGCAUGUGGCGGGAUUUCAACCCGCGCCUUCGGUGAUGUCAUUUAUCAUAAGCACUACAUAAGCAAACACUUAUUAAAGUUCAGAGUAUUCUUUCUUUAUUAGAAAAUGAGAUCAAUAUUCAGAUUUGAUUUUGUGUCGAGUCUUUUUAUCCCGGUAUUACAUUAUUAUCCCGGAUAUUUUUACAGCCAUACUUUAAAGGAGUAAUAUAUCGGAAAAAAAGGUUUUUUCUUAACAGCGGUCGCCCCUCGGCAGGCAAUGGCAAACCUGCGAGUGUAUUUCCGCCCCGAAAAACAACAUCUCAUUAAAAUACAAUCGCCGUUCGAAGUCGGCAUAAAACUGUAGGUCCCUCCUCUUUGUGUGAAAACAUCAAGGCGGAGGAGAAGCUCGGCCAAACACUAACAUAUGUGUAAUUAUUAUUAUUAAUAUAUAUCGUGUCCCUACUCACAAUUUCAUAUAAAAAGCUUAACUACUAAACUCUACUCUUUGUUUGCAAACAUUUUUAGUUGAAUUUCGAUUUGAAUUUUUUAGUUUUCAUAUUUAAUUUUAUAUUUCGUUUUUUUCUAAUUCAAGCGAUUGAAAGCAGUUCUAAAAUAUAUGAGGCACAAAAGUAAGUGCGUUAACGAAAAAUUACAAUAAAAACAAUAACAAACAUGAGUUCGAGCUAAUUCCAAAUGUAUUAAAAUAAGUAAAUAAAAUACGAGUCAUAAUAAUGGUUUACAAAUGUA